GAAGUUUCAUCUUAUCCGCACUAGAAAAAACUAAAAUAACGGUUGGAUGAGAGAAAUCUCGAGUGAAGUGAUCUAUCUAUGGCGGGUGUUCUUCCCUGUACAUCUACACUCUCUGUAAGGACCUUUUCGGAUCACAGCUCAGUCUCAUGCUGCACACCAUUCAACUCCACCUUUCUCACCACCAUCACUCCCGAAAGGGGUCUUCUUUUCCGUUGCUCGGCCAAGAAGAAAGUCAGCUUUGCUGACCAAAUUCUUGACUAUAUUGAAGGGGGUCCCAAGUUGAGAAAAUGGUACGGGGCACCUGAUCUCCUCCCUAAAGAUGGCUCCAAUGUUGAUGAUGAAGAUGAAGAUGAAUCUUCAGAAAAUGGAGCCAGGGAUGCAAUUUUAGUAACCGAUGGAGAUAGUGAGAUUGGUCAGAUGGUUAUAUUGUCAUUGAUUGUCAAGAGAGCCCGAGUUAAAGCGUUGGUCAAGGAUAAGCGUGUUGCACUCGAAGCCUUUGGAACAUAUGUUGAGUCAAUUACAGGUGAUUCAAGGGACAAACCAUUUCUGAAGAGAGCUCUAAGAGGAGUGCGGACUAUAAUUUGCCCAAAUGAGGGGUUUUUAUCCAAUGUUGGAAACUUGAAAGGGGUACAACACAUAAUUCUUUUAUCUCAGUUGUGUGUUUAUAAAGGUGCCGGGGGCAUUCAAGCUCUCAUGAAAGGCAACACAAUUAAAAAGGCCGAGCAAGAGGAAUCAAUGCUGGCUGCAUCAGGAAUUCCUUACACUAUCAUCAGAUCUGGCUCCUUACAAAACACCCCUGGUGGAAAGCAAGGCUUUAGCUUUGAAGAGGGUUGUGCAGCAAUAAAAAGUCUCAGCAAGGAGGAUGCUGCCUUUAUUUGUGUGGAAGCAGUUGAUGUGGUCCCUCAAAAAGGAUUUACAUUUGAGGUAGCGAACGGAGAAGAUAAUGUUUCUGAUUGGAAAGAAUGUUUAAGUCAGUUGAUGAAUAAAGCAGAACAGAAACCACAAUGACCAAUUCAGUUCAUUUGGCCUCUUCUUUUUACAUGUCGUAAUGUAUAAGUUUAUUUUAUUUGAAUUUUUACUUGAUAUAUUUAUAAAGAAAAAAAGAGCACCAAAUUUUUAACA